CUCUUAUAAAUUAACAAAAAGUUAAUAUUAGAAAAGUGUUUCCUCUAACUUUACAAAUAAUCUGAAUAAAUCACCGAGAAAAUAAGGAAAUUUUUGCCCUCCCAAGAAACGCAAUUUUCUCAAGAAACCUCUACAUACCCACAGGAUGUGAACUCUCGGGCAUAAAGUAUGGAAAGAAUAUCAAAAUAUUUGCCAUUUAGCUGGUUGAGGCGUCAUCAAACAGGCAGCCGACCGCCGACUGGAAAUUAGCAAGAGACCGUUGACCAGUUGCAGCUACCCAGGACCCGUAAAAGAGGGGCCAGGAUGCGGCGACGGUGGGGCGAUAUGAAAGGAUAUUCGAGACCAAAUGGGCCAGCUGCUGACCGCAGCAACAGCGGCAGCAUCAGGAUCGCGACCAACGGCAAUGUCCUUUCUGGCAUUCUGUUAUUUGUGCUGACAGCGCUGACACUAACGAGCUUAAUAACGCCCACAGAGCAGCUGACAGUGGCGCCAAAUGGAACCACUCAGGGGCAGGAGCAGGAGCUGGAGUCCCUUUCUGUGGACUUGUACAAAACCAUAAACGGCAAUCUGUCGGGCCCGAAUGGAACAAUGGGGCCGCCGGCGACGCGUCUGCACCUGAACCACAAGCUGCGACCGCCGCCGGACAAUGGCAGCAGCCAGUAUCCCGACUACGAGGACGAUGAUGUGGGUCCGGAUUGCUCGUACAGCUACAACUUUAUCCUGAAGCUCAUCACGAUGAUCCUGUACGCCUUGGUCUGCAUCAUUGGUUUGUUUGGCAACACCCUGGUGAUCUAUGUGGUGCUGCGCUUCUCCAAAAUGCAAACGGUCACGAAUAUAUACAUCCUGAACCUGGCCAUAGCGGAUGAGUGCUUUCUCAUAGGGAUACCUUUCCUGCUGUACACCAUGCAGGUGGGCAACUGGUCCUUUGGAAACUACAUGUGCAAGGCGUACAUGGUGAGCACUUCGAUCACCUCGUUCACCUCCUCGAUCUUCCUGCUGAUCAUGUCAGCAGAUCGGUAUAUAGCCGUGUGUCAUCCGAUAUCCUCGCCCCGCUACCGCACUCCUUUCGUGUCCAAGCUGGUGUCGGCCUUCGCCUGGAUGACUUCGGUGCUGCUGAUGCUGCCAGUGAUCCUGUUCGCAAGCACGGUGGAGUCGCGCAAUGGUAAUGUGUCCUGCAACAUCGAGUGGCCAGACACCCAGAACUCGCACACGGACUCCACCUUCAUCCUGUACUCUCUAGUGCUGGGCUUUGCCACUCCCUUAACCUUCAUCCUGGUCUUCUACUGCCUGGUGAUCCGCAAGCUGCACACUGUGGGGCCCAAGCACAAGAGCAAGGAGAAGAAGCGGUCACACCGGAAGGUGACCAAGCUGGUGCUCACCGUUAUCACGGUGUACAUCAUGUGCUGGCUGCCCCACUGGAUCUCCCAGGUGGCCCUGAUUAGCUCGGCGCCCCAGAGGUGUGCCUCUCGCCUGGAGCUGGCCGUGUUCUUGGCCUGCGGCUGCCUCAGCUACUCCAACUCGGCCAUGAAUCCCAUCCUGUACGCCUUCCUCAGCGACAACUUCAAAAAGAGCUUCAUGAAGGCCUGCACCUGCGCCGCCCGCAAGGAUGUCAACGCACAGCUGCAGCUGGAGAACAGCUUCUUCCCCAAGUUCGGCAAGGGACGCCAGUCGGAGAGGCUAAUUGGCGGCGGGGGUGGCAAGGGCAAUGCCCAGCGAGGAUCCCAGGCCAAGAAGAAGGCUUUGGCGGCGGCAAGGAACAACAAUGCUCCAAUGGCCACAGCCACUACAACGACGACCACCACGACGACGGGCACGGAUGCCGUGACCUGUGUCCAGCCGUCCGUUCACCAGAUUCCCGCUGAGAUCCAAGCGGGAGCUGGAACGGGAGCAGCCACCUUGCUGGUGGUGAACGCGGAGACCAACUCCUGUAAGCCGCCGGUGCUGCACACGGACUUAUAAGAGCGGGCUUCGACGAUGCCCCUGGAAACGGUGGUGUUCAUCGCCAGGAGGUGAGUGCAGGCCGAUCUAGAGCCGGAGCUGGAGCUGGAGCUGGACACGGUCCUGGAUCGUCGACUGCUGCACAGGCAGUCGGAGUGCCUGCUGUAGGUUAAGCCUCCUCCAGUGGAUAAUGAUAUUUUGUAUGGAUGAGUCAGAGCCAAGCGAGAACGGAGAAUAGUUGUAGGUUUUUUGUACCUUAAGGAAUCUCAGUUUAAGAGGAAGAAAUUAUAAAAGUAAUUUAAAUAUUUUCUUAAAUAUUUUAAAAUUAAAAAAUGGUAAAAGUAAAUGUCAAAUGAAUAUGAAAUAGAGUGUAGCUUAGAAAUAACUAUAACUUUCUAAACUGAACAAUAAAUUGGAUGAUUUAUACUUUAAAUAUUUAAAAAUUUAAUUUCAAGUUCUCCAAAAAUUACCAUAUAAACUAAUGCUAUUAAAAAAUAAUAUAAAACCCCAUGAAAUACAUAAAACUCUCUCCGUUUUCGCAUUGGCCUGCUAAUAAAAUAAGCCUUCGAAUAAGUUUUCCGUGUUAUUAAGUGUGCAUAAUUUUAUUGUCGUUUUCCAAUUUACAUACUCCGCUAGGCUAAGCUUGUGAAAUCUUUUAAAGUUGCUUAAAGUUAGAUUAAGUCGGUGUGGCUGGUUGUGGAGCACUUGGAUAAUAGAAAAUGCUGGGCGGGGCGUUAGUUUAGCUACUAAAGUAAGCCAAAGAUUUAAUCUUAGAGUUCAAAAAGAGACUUUGAAGAGUGGCAAAUAGAAUAUCAUUUUAAAGAAGUCACCCAUAACCCUAGUAAAACGCAGAAAUAAUUCCAGAAAUGCAAAUAAUUCCAUGGGAAAUAAAACGAGCAAAGUAUUCACAGAAAAAAAAGAACUAAAUAAACUCUACAAAUCGAAUUAAAUUGAAAUGUGAUUGUAAAAAUAAAAAAUGUAAUGGAAAAUAGUUAAACCAAAAAAAAAAGAGUGGAAAAUUUGCAUAACAAUUCAUAAAAAUAAUCUCAAAUGAUGCUUAAUUAACCGUGUAUAUUUUAAUUUACAUUGAGCUAAACGUUUUUUGAGCAUCUGCGGGCAUUAACUCUAUUGUGCGUUCAACCAGACGAUAAUCGAAUUCAAUAAAUGCUAAUAAAGUAAUAAAAAUGCACUUGAAUUGUUGUCAUAAAUAUUAAAUAGUGUCGAAAGGAUAAGCAGCCGCCGGCAAAUAAAUAUACACUCCUCUCCUUUGUUUGCCUAACCCGAAAUAGUUGAAACAACCAAACAAAACAAAAGUGAACCCUUUAAACAAACUCUGGGCAAACUAAUGCCGGAAUUUAUCAUUGACUUGGCUAAUGUAAACAAUAGCCAAAAUUAUCUUUGGGAAAUCACACGAAUGUAUUUGUACUUUUGAAAGUAAACCUAGGCUAAUCAGUACUUAAAACAAACUAUUCAAAACGUGUACUUAAUAAUUGUCCAAGAAAUACAGGAAAAUGUAAGAGAACCCAUACGGUUAAUGUGUAACACUUUUCAAUUUUAAGUGUAACUUGAUUGGAAGCAAGAAUUGCUUGCUCGAAAAAAUAAAUGUAAGUGGAAUUUAAGUGCUUAAAAAUGGAUACUGAAAUAAA